AUGUCUCUUCCGACUCUGUCAUCAAAACGUCUUUUUGAUGGCGUGGCCACCAGCCAUCAACCCGGAGAUGGCGACUUAGUGGCCUACUGUGAUCCUCACGACCUGAUAGCCAUCGCCACUGAGGCCCACGAUAUCAUUGUCUACCGCAUCACGGGCCAGAUCGCGUUUACGAUCAAGCGCAAGGACGACGACCUCGUGGUCACUGCUCUCAGCUGGAAGGAAGACGGUAGUGUACUUGCUGUAGCGUGGAGCGAUGGAAGUUGGGGCUUGCAUUCGGGCGAGAAUGGGAAGUCCUUGCAUCGCAGCAGUGUGCGGUCAGAGGAUCACGGUAGUGAGAGGGAAUGGAGGCUGGACCUAGUGCCUGACUUUGGUGGCGGAGACGACGAUGAGCAGGAAAGUAGAACGAACGUCGUACAUUUUGAGUGGCGCAAGCACGUUGGUGAUGAAGGUAGCGCUGUAGGGGAUCUGAGUGCUGAACUGAGUACAGAGGACUGGGAGGAUAUGUUUGAUUCUGCGCUUGAAUUCGAUGGCCUCCACCAAGUGCAGAAGAGAACCAACAGCAAAAGCUCUGUCAAGCGGCUAGCUCGUGCUAUUGCUACGAUGGAUGCUACGACUGUGUUACCGAAGCUGAGUGCUAUUCCCUCCCACGGUUUGCGAGCUGGACCGGAUGGGAGCAAGUUCAGCACGCAGGCUUUGGUCGACACGAUCUUUGGGGUAGCAAAGACUGAAGAUACAGGCUUUGUUGACACGCUUGUGAUCACUUGCAGCGAUGGCAUUGUCCGAGUCAUGAUUGACGACACAGUCGAGAUUGGCAGCUGCACUGUUCCUGGCAUGCUAGUGCUGUCAGCUUCGCAUACUCAAAGUCCUACACAUACCCUCAUAUCACGUUCUGGGAAAGGCGAAACUGUGGUAAGCUUGCUCGACAUUGCCCUCCAUGCACUAAGCAGCACGCUCCUUCACGAAGUUUCCACGAACACAAAACGCAUACAACAUCUCCUCGAAUACAUCGCUCAGACUAUCCGUUGUAUUGAGCACGAUUACACGACCGGCCUGCAAUUUCCCUCUCGCUUAAGGAAAAACAUUAUCAUGGAACUUGAGGAAAAGCAAGAGGGAGACCUGGUCUCGAACAUGUACCACCUCGCCAUGACCGGACAAUACUCACCCACUAUGCUGGAGUGGCUGUCCGAUAUCGUGAAGGAGACGAAUCACAAGCGCUGGGAUGUGGCUAUCACGACCAUGUAUACCAAUAUCCUCAACCAUGUCUUCUUCAACCUUCUGCCAGCACUCACCCGCCUUGAGAUAGCCAUAACGACUUUGCGCGGGCAUGCUAUUCACCACGCGGGGAGCAAUAACAGUCACUUUGCUGUUGAGCCCAAGCUAUUCACUAACCUCCUCGAGGGAGCUGAUAGCUUGCGUUUGGUAGCGCAAAAGCUUCAACUUGUGGUCGCGGCGGAGCUAAAGCAGUUCAAGGCAUUCAGCAAGUGGCUCAAAGUAUACAUCGACGUGGCUAUUGCCGAGCCCGGUACAGCAGCUGCUAUCGAGAUCGAGGAAAGAGAGCAGCCAAAUUUAGAGAUGGGAUUCGUGCUUGGGUAUGUUGAAGACAUCCUAAUGACUGGGUCGAAGAUCGAAGGAUUUGUGCUGCCUCUAGCUGAAUGGAGAGGUGGUUACGCUAGGGAGGAGUGGGUGAAGAGGACGGAAGUGAUGAGCUACGAGCGUGUCAUGCAUUUUCUGCAGGUAAUGGGAUCCGGAAAGGAGGUAGCGCCGGUUGCGCAGAUAAGCUUGCCAGCAUUGGCCGCUUGGACACAUGGAAGUGCGAGGAUGGUGCUUCAGAGGAUUACGGCAUGGCAAAGUAAGCUAUUGAAGGCACCUAUGUCACAGAGCAUUGCUGCCCGGGAUAAUGAUCGGAUGCUGGAUCUACGCAUGCUUUCUGUGGGUGGAAACUCUGGCGCGAGUACCACCACCCAGCUGCUACUGCUCCCAGAGGCAGAUAGUAGAGCUCUGCUUAUUCAGAACCUCUCGAAUCCCUCCAGUAAAGCCCAGGCGUUCGACUCAGAAGUGUGUGCUAUGGACGGCCGGAUUUCGGAUGCCAAAGCCACACCAGAUGGUACCGUGCUUGUGCUAAUACGGCGAGAUGACGACUCGAUCGCGAUUGUGACAAAGGAGAAUGAAGUUGUGCAUGCUUUUGACCCAGACUUUGAAGCCCAGCGCAUCCUACUUGGCGGCCGGCAAGGGAAGAGUGUAUGUUUUGUGCUUGGGGAACGGCAAGGAGGGAGGGAGUGGAGGCUACUUGAUCUUGAAGCUGCGAAGUUGGGCAUGCCAUAG